AUGAGAGAUCCCACCACCGAUAUGGAACCAAGCUCGCAACAACCGACCAACGGGUCGACAAGCUCGCGUCGCAAUCCGCACAAGUCGGUCCGUGUUGCGUUUGGUCCUGACUUAGAAACCACGAUCCCCGCCCGCGAAAGAUCGCCGGCCCCGUUGGCUGGGCACCAUCGCUCCCUCACCAGCGUGGAACAGAAACAACCUUCAGUCACACCUCCACCACGGCCGACAAGCUCCUCGGGCGAUAACAGUGCUGUUGGGGAGACCCCACCCCGUCGCCCAUCUCCACGGAGGUCGGAAAGUAGUCGACCGGCUAUGCUCAAAAGAGCCAAGAGUGAUUAUGGGCCAAGUCGCAUCACUUUUGAUAAAGUAGCCGGCGAUGAUGAUGAGGACUUCGCUAUGCGACACGGGUGGCAAGAAGAAUACACUUCAAGCGAAUACCUGAAGAUCUUACAUUCGAAUUUCUACAUGUACUUCACCGAGAAACGUCAUGAGACGAACGGCAUCCCCAGGGAUCCGGUUGGAAGCUGGCCAAGCCAGGACUGGCGCAUGAAAGACCGUCUGAAAACAGUCUCCGCGGCACUUGCUAUUUGUCUCAACAUCGGUGUCGACCCCCCUGACGUUGUCAAGACCAACCCAACCUCCAAGCUGGAAUGCUGGGUAGAUCCCACUUCCACCACCGGCGGUGGUCAAAACAAGAUUAUGGAGCAAAUCGGCAAGAAGCUCCAGGAACAAUACGAGACCCUGAGUCUUCGCACCAGAUACAAGCAGUAUUUAGACCCAUCAGUCGACGAGACCAAGAAGUUCUGCAUCUCCCUUCGCCGAAAUGCCAAGGAUGAGCGAGUUCUUCUACAUUACAAUGGACACGGAGUGCCAUUGCCGACCCAGUCGGGUGAAAUCUGGGUAUUUAACAAGAACUACACCCAGUAUAUUCCCGUUCCAUUGUACGAUCUCCAAUCCUGGCUGGCUGGGCCCAGUCUUUUCGUCUUUGAUGUGUCGCAUGCUGGCAACAUCGUCCAAAACUUCCACACCUUUGUCGACAAGCAUGAGAAGGAGAACAUCGAGGCCAAAAAGCGAGACCCAAAUGCUGUCGUUCAGAAUUACGGCGAUUGCAUCAUACUUGCUGCCUGUCAGAAAGCAGAGUCCCUACCAACCAACCCUGAUCUGCCUGCAGACUUGUUCACUUGCUGCCUGACCACUCCAAUCGAAAUCGCGCUGCGAUUCUUCAUCCUACAGAACCCUCUCCGAACAGAUAUUUCUAUUGACGACUUCCGGGUACCCGGUCGACUCCAGGAUCGCCGAAGCCCCCUCGGAGAACUGAACUGGAUUUUCACCGCAAUCACUGAUACCAUCGCCUGGAACACGUUGCCACGUGCCUUGUUCAAGAAGCUCUUCCGACAGGACUUGAUGGUCGCUGCUCUGUUCCGCAACUUCUUACUGAGCGAACGCAUCAUGCGCACGUACAAAUGCCACCCAAUCUCGUCCCCGGAAUUACCUGAAACACACCAUCACCCACUGUGGAAGAGCUGGGAUCUUGCAGUCGAGAUGGUACUAUCUCAACUUCCUGCGCUCAUCGACCAGGAAGAAGGGCGCCGACAAUACGAGUAUCAGCACUCAACAUUCUUUGCUGAGCAACUUACUGCCUUCGAGGUCUACCUUUCGUCCGGUCCUACUGAGAGAAACCCCCCCGAUCAGCUCCCCAUUGUCCUGCAAGUCCUUCUGAGCCAGGCCCAUCGACUACGAGCAUUGAUUCUACUGAGCAAAUUCCUAGACCUUGGUCCGUGGGCUGUUCACCUUGCGCUUAGUAUCGGAAUCUUCCCCUACGUCGUCAAGCUGCUGCAGUCAGCUGCUCAAGAACUCAAGCCCGUGAUGGUGUUCAUUUGGGCGAGAAUUAUGGCGGUCGACCACACAGUACAGAACGAUCUACUCAAAGACAACGGCAUCCAUUACUUCAUCUCAAUCCUCAACCCUACUUCUCCCAUACCCGUCGGAAAUGCCAGUGAGCACCGUGCUAUGUGUGCCUUCAUCGUCUCCAUAUUCUGCAAGAACUACCCGCAAGGUCAAAACGUUUGCCUCUCGGCAGAGCUAUUUGACUCGUGUCUCAGACACCUCAGCGAUGUCGAAAAUCCUUUGCUUCGCCAGUGGUCUUGCCUAUGCCUCAGUAUGCUCUGGUGCGAUUUCCCCGAAGCAAAGUGGAUGGGUAUACGAUGUGCCGCCCCUACAAGACUUUGCGAACUCAACUUCGACCCCCUCCCUGAAGUUCGCACUGCUAUGCUGCAUGCCGUCACAACUUUCUUGGGUAUUCCCGAUCUGACCGACCAGGUGGCUCAGAUUGAGGAGACUUUGGCCCUCGCAGUCUUGCCCAUGUCUGCAGAUGGUAGUGUGGUUGUGAGGAAAGAAUUGCUUGUCUUCUUCUCAACGUUUGUCCGACGCCACCAGAACAAGUUCCUGGUCGCGGCCUUCGAGGAGCUUCAAGAAGAAAAGCGCACUCUCCGUCAACGUUAUGGAGGCGACAACUCUCAGACUGGUGACCUCGUUACCGUUUCGAAGCAACCUCAACUUUCUGCCAACACCACUUUCGGAACUAUCUGGAAGCAGCUAUUGGCCCUUUCGGUUGAUCCCCAUCCUGAUAUCGCCCAGGAUGCCGCCGUGAUCGUUGACUACAUUCACCUGGCUUUGCUAGAGUCACCAAUGGCAUCUCUUGCCAACAAGCUUCAGGCCGAGAUUCUGAACAUCACAGGCGUCACCAAAGUGCAACCCCACGAGCGCACUGAAACGAAGAAAACCGCAGCUCCCUCCACGCCACCCACAUCUGCGGCAGCAACUUCUAGGCAAGAAGGCUAUUUGUCAAUUGGCUUCAAGCGAACUGCCAGCGUUGCUGCAUCUCUGAAGAACCUUGCCUUCGGUAACACGACUAAUGGAGAGGCUUCAGCCGGAAACUCGAACCCACCUUCUCCUUCAACAAGUCGAAUGCCAGUCACACCCCGUGGCAGAGCCCCCAUUGAAUGGACUCGACCUCCAGAGGUCAACGAUCAUGUUGCUCCUGCGACAGCAUACCACCAAGCUCCCAUACCAACAUCUCGUGGCUUCCAGCCCAAAGCAUUUGACGCUGUACCAGCAAUUCCAUUGAAGAGCAGAUUCUUAGACUGGUCUACUGAAUACUUCCGCGAGCCUCAGAUGAAACCCAAUGAGCCGGAUGAGCCGGGUAGCUCGGACUACAACCAGCGUCUUUGGAGACGAGGCCGCAACGAGAAGAUCAUUGCUGAGACCCAACCUCUCAAGGCAAAGGCCGGCGCGAGCCGAUGGGAUAACUCUGUUGCUCUGCUAUCGAACGGUAGCCAACCACACAAGAUGUGUUUCCAUCAAUUUGAGGAUCAUCUUGCGGUAGCAGAUGACCGGGAUACGAUUGCUAUCUGGGACUGGCAAAGCCAUAAACGCUUGAAUCAAUUUUCAAAUGGCAACCCGGCUGGGUCCAAGAUCAACGAGAUCCGAUACAUCAAUGAAGAUGAUCAAGCGCUCCUCAUGACCGGAUCUUCCGAUGGUGUAAUCAAACUCUUCCGCCACUACGAAACUAAUGAAGAUAUUGAAGUGGUCACCGCGUUCAGAGCUCUUCCCGAGUUGAUCCCUAGCAAUCGCAACGCGGGCCUCGUGCUUGAUUGGCAGCAGGGCCAGGGUAAAGCUCUUGUCGCCGGUGACGUGAAGGUCAUUCGCGUCUGGAAUGCCGCCACUGAAGUGUGCACAAAUGAUAUCCCCGCACGCUCUGGCUCCUGCAUUACAUCCUUGACCUCUGACCAAGUUGCUGGGAACAUUUUUGUUGCAGGUUUCGGCGACGGCGCUGUCCGAGUCUUCGACCAGCGCUUGAAGCCAACCACCUCUAUGGUCAAGGUCUGGCGCGAGCACAAGCAAUGGAUCACAAAUGUUCACAUGCAGCGCGGUGGCCUACGUGAAUUAAUCUCAGGUGGUCGCAACGGCGAAGUCCGCCUAUGGGACCUCCGCAUGGACAACCCCAUCUCCACAAUCUACGCUACCAAGGACACGCUACGGACCCUAAGUGUUCACGAACACGCUCCUGUCUUCAGCAUGGGAACAAACCGCCACGAAGUCAAGACUUUCAAUGUAGACGGUACCUACCUAUCCACAUUCGAGCCCUACUCGAGCUUCCUAGGCCACAACCGGUCGUCGCCGAUCUCUUGCACGGCUUUCCAUCCUCAUCGGACUAUGCUUGCCUGCUCGGCGCUGAAUGAUCAUCAUGUCAACCUUGUGUCCUGCUAA